AUGGGCGGCGGAAACGGAUACAGAACUGUUGCCUACUUCGUCAACUGGGCCAUCUACGGCCGCGCCUACAACCCUCAGGAUCUUCCGGCGGACCAGUUGACCCACGUCCUAUACUCAUUUGCCAAUGUCCGCCCGGAGACUGGCGAGGUGUACAUGACGGACAGCUGGGCCGACACCGACAAGCACUACGACGGCGACUCGUGGAACGACGUCGGCACCAACGUGUACGGCUGCGUCAAGCAGCUCUACCUCCUGAAGAAGGCGAACCGCAAGCUCAAGGUGCUCCUCUCCAUCGGCGGCUGGACCUACUCGUCCAACUUCCCCGGCGCCGCCGCCACGGCCGCCAACCGCGCCACCUUCGCCUCCUCCGCCGUGCAGCUGGUCAAAGACCUGGGCUUCGACGGUCUCGACAUCGACUGGGAGUACCCCGCCGACGACACCGAGGCCCAGAACUGGGUCUCGCUGCUGCAGGCCACCCGCGAGGCGCUCGACACCUACGCCGACAGCCUCGCCGCCGCGAACUACACCCGCCCGGACUUCUUGCUGUCCAUCGCGGCCCCCGCCGGCCCGACCAACUACCAGAAGCUGCGCCUCGCCGAGAUGGAGCCUUACCUGGACUUUGUGAACCUCAUGGCGUACGACUAUGCCGGCAGCUGGGACACCACGGCCGGCCAUCAGGCGAACCUCUACAACAGCACCUCGAACCCCGUCGCCACGCCCUUCAACACCGACCAGGCCGUCACUUACUACACCUCCAACGGCAUCCCGAGCGCGAAGUUGGUGCUCGGCAUGCCGCUGUACGGUCGUGCGUUCGAGAGCACGGACGGGCCCGGGACGGCCUACAACGGCGUCGGAUCGGGAAGUUGGGAGAAUGGGAUCUGGGACUACAAGGUCCUCCCGCGUGCCGGUGCGACGGAGUACUACGACAGCGAGGCCGGUGCGACGUACAGCUAUGACAACUCCACCCGCGAGAUGGUGUCGUACGACACGGUCGACAUGGCGUUGAAGAAGGUCACCUACCUGCAGGGCAAGUCCAUGGGCGGCGCCAUGUGGUGGGAAGCGUCUGGCGAUCGCAACACCACGGACGGAAGCAUCAUUGGCAACGUUUACGAGAGCAUGUCCGCCAACGGCAGUCUGGCCGAUACCACCGAGAACAACCUCGCGUACCCGGACUCAAAGUACGACAACUUGAAGGCCGGCAUGCCGACUUAG